AAUAAUUAAGAAAAUGACAAGUUUUUGGACUGGUACUAGUGACAAAAAGUUACAAACAGCAGAGGAGGAGUUAGUUGAGCUGGCAGGAUUGGAUCUUGAUGAAUUUAAGUCUUAUCCUGUGCAUUUUACUUUCACUGAAGCUGAUUGGAAUGAUAAUUAUCAAGAACCAGAGUUAUUAGAGCAACCUAACCCAUGGUUUUGAGGAUUGACUACUUCUAAGCCUAAACUCGAUGUUGAAGACAACGAAUACAUCUGGACUUAUGAGUUCGGUGAUAUCUCAAAACCUCAUAUUGUGAUUGUUCAUGGAUUCGGUGGUGCUGGAAUGAUCUUCUUCAAAAUGUUCAAACAACUCUCCCAACAUUUCCAUGUGUACUUAAUCGACAUCCUCGGAAUGGGUAGAAGCAACAGAGGCGACUUCGGCUGAGAAACCUACCAGGAAUGAGAGAACUACUUUGUGAACUCCAUCGAGAAGUGGAGACACAAGAUUGGCAUUGAUAAGAUGAACCUGUUUGGCCACUCGUUUGGUGGGUUCAUUUGUUCGAAAUACGCGUUACGUUACGCAGAGAGGAUCAAUAAAUUGCUGUUAUUUUCACCUUGGGCAAGUGAAGCUUGAACUGAAGACCAGCUCAAUGGUCUAGAUGAACAAAUGCAAAAACGCUCUUUUGGGCAAAGAACAAAAUAUAAGCUGAUGAAAGCUGUUUAUAAGAAAUCCACUCCUUUUGGAAUGGCCAGAAAAGCUGGAAGAUUAUUAGGAGGAUAUUUAAUCAAGAAAUUUGCUAGAGGAAGGUUCAAUGAAGAGCUUGAAAAAGAUGACCUUGAUGCCAUUACCAAAUACUUAGAACAGAUUAUUCUAAGGAAAGGGAGCAGUGAAUAUGGAUUUGCAAAGAUGUUUCCAUACUUCAACAGAAGUGAGCAUGCUAUUUGAAACGACCUAGAAAAAUAUCAAGAACUUGGUUUAGAAAUUUCAUUCUAUUAUGGAGAUAAUGAUUGGAUGAAUACUAAAUUUAAUGGGCUCAAUGUGUCGCAACAGCUUCAAGAUGCUGGUGAAAAAGUUUACAUGGUUUCUGGAGCAGGUCAUCAUAUCUAUUUUGGUAACCCUGAUGAAGCUUUUGAUAUGAUUAUUGAUGAUUUCAGGACAAGCUCCCAAAACUUUGAUCUCGACUAAUAACAUUCUGACAUAUUCAUUCCCUUUAGGACUUAUUUCAACCAAAUUGU